CAAGCUACCUACCCGUUCAAUGCGCCUGCAUCGGUGCAUGCAUGCAGGACGACUUCCAUAAAAAAAUUAUUCCACCCUUUCCUCAAAACUGUUCUGCUGGAAGAUUCGGCGUUUCCUUGUUCAGAUUAGAACUUCUUCUCGGUGAUUUCUUGCCACGUAUCUGCACAAUGUUUGUAGCUAAAUGGCUGCCAGUCGUCGUGCUGGUGUCAGGACUUGCACCGUUGGCCACCGGAGAGACCGACGAGUAUGAUGCAGUGGCUAUGGAAGUAGUUGGGGAGGACGAGGAAUAUGGGCAACACACGUAUGUCGUGGAAAACGACAACGGCGUUCCGUGUAUGAGCGUGGCGCUGGAAGCCUCGUUCGAGGUUCCCUAUGUGUCCAGCGCGCAGGGUGCUCCAACCACGUUAGUCAGCUAUUUCCCCUUGCCGGGCUUGAAUACGUCUGCGAAAAUCAGCAACGACAGCGUUUGUCCCGAAAACGCCACUGCCGGAGAGCCUGGCCGGCUAGUCGUUCUUUUUGGCACCAACUACAGCCAAAUCUUUACAAUAAAUGUGGAUGUCCAUAUGGACGGCAAGAACACGAACUGGAGCGUGGCCAACUUCUCAUUGAUGGUUGACUACACGGAUGAGAAAUACUUCAAUACAUCAGCUGAACCAUCACAGGAUGAGGCGUUCACUGCAGAGGUCGACAUAUCCAGCGACAGCACGAAUGGUUACGAGUGUGCGGACAACGAGACGGUUGUUUUAUCAUCAGAAACCUCAACGUCUAAUGUCACUCUGCUCUACAAGGACUUGGUCAUCGACCCGUUCAACAACGGCAAGCUGACAAGCUGCGAUGCACCUGCGCCAGGGAAAGCCGCAAACCGCAUUGUACCCAUUGCAGUCGGUGCUGCUCUCGCCGGCUUGCUCCUUCUCGUCUUGGUUGCCUACGCAAUCAAUAGGCGUACGAGCAAGAGGGGUGGCUACGAAAAGGUUUAGCACCUUCGGCUGGUCGACCGCCUUUGGGCUGGUGUGCGGUGUGCACGAAGCAUGACUUGUUGUGUGCGAAUGAGAAUCGUGUGCAGUGCGCGCGGUGCAGUGCAGUGCUACUGUACAUCCCGGCUAUGUACUAGUAGUAGCUCUCUGUUCCCGGAUCAUCCUGCGUGCCCAAUGCAAUGGCGGCAUAGUUUGGGUGCAUGCACGUGUACUGUUCACAUGUGUAUGUGCGUGGGCAUGUAUAUGUCUGUCUUUCUGUCCGUGAGUGUGCAUGCAUGUGCGCGCAUACAUGCAUGCGUGCGAUCGUUUGUCAGCCGCUCUCCCUUGACCUUCCUUUUGGGAAUAUGCCAAUGUUAUUGUUUGCUGUUUACACGGUUUUUUUCUCUCUUCUACUUCUUGUGCCCCCUCCUACGCUUACUGAGGAGAGUGCUGAUGGUAUGAUAGCUAUGUUUUAGUUGAUCUCUGUCACAAUUCAUACAACACAGAACCAUGACAGCUGUAUUGUAGGGUUGCUCGUGUUCGCAGUUUUACCUCCUCGAGUACCAGUUAGCGUAGUUUUUUUUAGUGCAUGCACAUGUAUGCCCCCCCCCCCCCCCAACACACACACCAAGUAGUCGCUGUGUGCUAAUUCACUUGUUCCCCACGUAUUGCUUCGUUUAGUAUCGUCCCUGCUUCUAUAGUAUACUACUCUACCCCGCAUUAACAACUUGGCCAUCCUUCCUCGAAAUUUACGCUGGAUUUGAGUCUUAAAGAUUUCUGUGACAAA